AUGGAUUAUAGCCAAUCAGGACCCCCAUACCCUUCUAGUGUCGGCGGCCCUGAAUCCACAAUCCACAGCUCAGAGCCCACAAUCCAAUGCCCACAGCCCGUCAGCUGGCCUGUCCGCGGCCAGUCCUUCAGGUUCCUGCUGGGCCCCCGCGGCCGGGAGGUAGUAAACAUCGUCGCAGAACCUCACCUCUGCUUACUCACUGUCUUCCUCACUGCUGCUAUUACUGCUCGAUAUCCAGAGCUCCAACGCAUCGCCCUCACCUACAUCUCUCCUCCCAGUAUCCAUCUAGACCUCACUCCUGAUACUACCCCCACAAUGGCUUCCCACGAGCAAGAUGACACCAUGCCUGAGGAGACUCAGGGCUACAAGCUCUCCCAGCCCAAGCAGAGUCUUGCUGAGUACCAGAAGAUGGGUGAGUUUUGA